GUUUUCUUCAUAAGCUUAUCUUAAAGAGCUCAAAACAGAGAGAAAGAGAAAGAGAUAAAGAUAGUAACCAAGCAUGAAGAGUUUGUUGAUUUGUGUUGUGUUGUUAGAGCUUGUCUGGUUUGGCAAUGGACAAUCUAGAGAUCAUCAACCUCUUGCUCCAGCUUUCUUUGUCUUUGGAGAUUCUUUAGUUGAUAGUGGAAACAACAAUUACAUUCCAACUCUAGCACGAGCUAAUUAUUUCCCUUAUGGGAUUGAUUUUGGCUUCCCCACUGGCCGUUUCUGCAAUGGCCGUACAGUUGUUGAUUAUGGAGCAACGUACCUCGGCUUGCCAUUGGUGCCACCAUACUUAUCUCCUUUAUCCAUUGGGCAAAAUGCCUUAAGAGGGGUUAACUAUGCAUCUGCAGCAGCUGGGAUUUUAGAUGAAACUGGUCGACAUUAUGGAGCAAGAACUACAUUUAAUGGACAGAUAUCGCAGUUUGAGAUUACGAUCGAGUUACGUCUCCGGCGUUUCUUUCAAAACCCUGCAGAUCUGAGAAAGUAUCUUGCGAAAUCGAUAAUUGGGAUCAAUAUAGGAAGCAAUGAUUAUAUAAACAACUACCUUAUGCCUGAGAGAUACUCCACCAGCCAAAUCUACAGUGGAGAAGACUAUGCAGAUCUCCUGAUCAAGACUCUCUCAGCUCAAAUAUCAAGACUAUACAACUUAGGUGCAAGAAAAAUGGUGUUAGCUGGGUCAGGACCAUUAGGUUGCAUACCGAGUCAGCUAUCUAUGGUAAGCAGCAACAACAACAGCGGGUGUGUGACAAAGAUCAACAAUAUAGUUUCAAUGUUCAAUAGCCGGCUGAAAGAUCUAGCAAAUACUCUCAACACAACUCUUCCCGGAUCUUUCUUUGUCUAUCAAAACGUCUUUGAUCUAUUUCAUGAUAUGGUUGUGAAUCCCUCUAGAUAUGGUCUUGUAGUAUCAAACGAAGCGUGUUGCGGUAACGGGAGAUAUGGAGGAGCCUUGACAUGCCUUCCAUUGCAGCAACCGUGCUUGGACAGGAAUCAAUAUGUCUUUUGGGAUGCAUUUCAUCCAACAGAAACUGCCAACAAAAUCAUAGCUCACAAUACCUUCAGCAAGUCUGCAAACUACUCCUACCCUAUCAGUGUCUAUGAAUUGGCUAAACUGUAGAGAAAUGUGUCUCAAAGCUAGAUUUCCUCAGGUUUUCUAGUUUCUAAUUAGUUAGAAGACAUUAAGUAUGGGAUUUGUAGCUAACAAUUGCCCAAAUCUUUAAGAUCACAUCUAUGUUCCAAUGUUAUAAGUUAAACUUUUCUCUUUCUCAUAAGUGUUAGCCAACAAGAAAUUCUUGAACUAGCA